UGACGCAAUGACGCUCGCGUAGACGUCACUUCCGAAACAGUAAGCGAUUCGGUUAGAAAUCGUUUGAUUGAGGCAGGCGAUUCUUAUGAGUGUCUUUUUGUUUUAUCCUGCAAAUGUCUUAAUAAUUGACCAAAAACUCUUCGGAUCAGUGCCUACGAUACUCAGAAAGUAGCAUGAAUUUCUCUGAGGUCUUCAAGCAGUCCAAUCAAUUGUGCAAAGUUUCUCCAGAUGGGAAAUAUUUGGCCACCUGUGUUCAGUACCGCCUGGUGGUGCGUGAUUUCAACACCCUUCAGAUCGUGCACCUGUACACAUGCCUGGACCAGGUGAUGCACAUGGAGUGGUCCUCUGACUCCCUCUUCAUCUUUUGUGCCAUGUACAAAAGAGGACUAGUGCAGGUGUGGUCUCUAGAGCAGCCGGACUGGCAUUGUAAGAUAGACGAGGGUUCGAUUGGACUAGUUUCGUCACGCUGGAGUCCUGACGGGCGACACAUACUCAACACCACUGAGUUCAAUUUGAGAGUCACCGUCUGGUCCCUGUGCACAAAAUCUGUAUCCUACAUCAAGUAUCCUAAAGCCUGCCAGAAAGGUGUGGACUUCACUGCAGAUGGCCGUUAUAUGGCUCUGGCCGAGAGACGGGAGUGUAAAGACUACAUCAGUGUGUUUGUGUGUGAUGACUGGCAUCUUCUUAGACAUUUUGAGAGCGAGACUCAGGAUCUGGCGGGGCUGGAGUGGUCUCCUAACAGCUGUGUGCUUGCAGUGUGGGACAACUGUCUCGAGUAUAAAAUUCUAUUAUAUUCGCUGGAUGGUCGCCUGUUGUCCUCCUACAGUGCAUAUGAGUGGUCUUUAGGCAUUAAGUCUGUCGCCUGGAGCCCCAGCAGCCAGUUCCUGGCCGUUGGCAGCUACGAUGAGAAGGUUCGGAUCCUGAAUCAUAUCACCUGGAAGAAAAUCACAGAAUUCGAGCAUCCAGCCACCAUCAUAAACACCAAAGCUGUGGUGUUUAAGGAAGUGGAGAAAAGACCUGUUGUGGGCAGUGAGGAUCUUUCAAUUCAUCAGAUGACUGUGGAUAAUUCACUGUUUAGCACACAGAGCAAGUAUGAGAUCACACAACUGCCAGCCCAGGUGCCAGUAAUCAAGCCCGAUCCAGACCGAGCCAACCCGAAAAUCGGCAUCUCUGCUCUGGCUUUCAGUGCUGAUAAUCGCUUCCUUGCUACAAAGAAUGAUAACAUGCCUCAGAGCCUGUGGGUGUGGGACAUGCAGAGACUCAGUCUGCUGGCCGUCCUGGAGCAGACGGCUCCUGUGCGCUGCUUUGUCUGGGACCCACGCAGACCUCGACUGGCUCUCUGCACUGGAAACACCAAAGUUUAUCUGUGGUCACCAGCUGGCUGCGUGUCUGUGAAUGUCCCAGUAGAAGGCAGUUUUCAGGUGCAGUCUCUGUUUUGGCACUGCAGUGGCAGCUCACUCGUCCUGCUCUCAAAAGAGCACAUCUGUCUGUGUUACAUGGAGGCAGAGGAGGAGAAAUAACCCAAAGCUCUUCAUCACACUCCUCCGAGCUGGUUUCUACAAUACAGGAGCAGCUUCUGCAAUCCUACAGAAUAUAAACUGCUCCCGCAUGAGAGACUCGCGGAAGAAAUCUGCUCUCCCACUCGAGACAAACACUGUGGCUGCAAAUAUACCUCAACACUUUUUUAUAACUUUUUCAUCUAGACACAAACAUGAUUUUCAAUAGAGCACAUGCUAUAAUGAAUAAAUAGUCUGUGAGGGAAUAAAAUGUGGUUUGUGUUCUCGAGCAGAGCACAGAUAUUUAGCAUACAUGUGUGAUUCUCCAGCACCAGCAUAGUGCAAAUGAACCGAUGCUUUGACUCACAUCUGCAUCUUAUGGCCUUACGCAAGCUAAAUAGCUGUUUUGGAGGACCAAAUAUAUCAUACAAACACAUCACAUUUGUCACUUUAGAUUUGCUGUGAUUUUGUAGCUGUUUGGGUUUUUUUUUUUUUUUUUUUUAGAUGAAUGAAUUACAAUGUCUGUUGUAUUUUAUUGUUUUUCCUUAAUGUUUAAGGUUUAAAAACUAGAUUUAUUUUUAUAAAUUUAGAGCUAUUUGUAAUAAAGUUUUCUACAUCUGUUUCCCUCAAGUUGUUUUUUUUUCUUUUUUUAAAGAGAUUAUGGUGAAUCUCAUAACACCUGUCAAGAACAUCUGACAAAAAUGAUUACUGCAAUAGACUACUAAAGAAAUAAAUACUAAUAAGAUUUAUGAAUACUUGCAUUUAGAUUUAAUUUAAGA